CUCAUUGUUGCAGCACAGCACCUUGUGCUUCUUGUCUUCGUGUCAGAGGUACCGUCUCAGCCUGCCUCUGGGUUUCCUCCCUGUUUUGAAGUUUUUUCUCUCACAGUAAACUGCUCACUGAGGCGGUGAAGACGAGGCUGGGGAAACAUGGCUAAGGUCAAUGAUUUUCAGAUGUUUGUACCAUCUUUGUGUAUUUUGAUUAUCAACGUUAAGAUCUGCUCAUCUCAAGAACAAGAAGAAGAACAAAAUCUGGAUAACACUACCGUAGGCUACGACUACUAUGGAAACACAGUGGACUACACCUUGUACGCACACACCCCGUGCGAGAAAAAAGAUGUCAUCCAUCAGUUCCGUCGGUGGUUCAUCCCCCUGUCUUGCACCAUCGUCUUCCUCCUGGGCCUGUUCGGCAACAGCCUGGUCAUCUUCACCUCCCUCCACUUCCGCCGACUGAAGACGAUGACCGACGUGUACCUCCUGAACCUCGCCUUCGCAGACCUCCUCUUCACUCUCACGCUCCCCCUCUGGGCCGCUAACUCCCUGCAAGACUGGAAGCUGGGCCUGUUCACGUGUAAGGCCAUGUACACCCUGCACAAGGUCACCCUAUACAGCAGCAUACUGCUGCUGUCCUGCAUCAGCGUGGACCGCUACUUCGCAAUCACCAAGGCCGUGUCGGCGCACCGCAACCGCACCAAGACCGCCUACCUCAGCAAGCUGUCGUUGGGCAUCAUCUGGGCGUUAGCCCUGGUGUUCUCCGUCCCUGAGAUGAGGUACAGCGGCGUCCGCCACGGCACCUGUAGCCCGUACCCGGUCGACAACACGUCCAGUCUUCUCAUCCAGAGCACGCAGAUCGCCCUGGGCUUCGCGGUGCCGCUCCUGGUCAUGACCUUCUGCUACAGCGCCAUCGCCGUGAAGCUGUGCCAAUCGCGCGGCUUCGAGCGCAACCGCGCCCUCAAGGUGAUCCUCGCGGUGGUGGCGGCGUUCCUGUGUUGCCAGGUGCCGUACACCCUGUACCUUUUUGUGAACACCCUGAACCCCAGUCUGGCCAAGACUGGGGACUGCGCUCAUCAGAGAUCGCUGCUCUUUGCUCACGACAUCACCCAGUUCCUGGCAGUGUGCCGGUGCUGCCUUAACCCGCUGGUGUACGGCUUCAUCGGGGUGAAGUUCCGCCAGGAUCUGCUGAAGCUGAUGAAAGAGGGGCGCUGCCUAUCCCACGAGCAAUUCUAUAAGUGCAGUUCGCACUCUGGCAGGAAGAGCAGCGUGGCAGACACCGAAACCACCACCACGUUCUCCCCUUAAAGGUGCUGAACCCAAACUAUAAUUUCAGUUUAAUGGGGUGGGAAUGAACGGCCGAAAGCCGUCUAUCAGUGAGGGAAAUGCGGUUUGAAAAUGUCUGUUUCAAAUUGACUGCGCUUGCCUAAUUUUUGAGCCAAUUUCGAUUGUUGGGCAGCUCCCUCCUCAAUUCUGACCAAUCAAGGCAUCUCUUCCCUGAUUGGUGCGGGGGAAUCUACCUUGCCUUUUCACAACAGGCGUCUGAAUGCAACACAUAGGGACAGUCUGGUUUAUUUUCAAAAUCCUACUCUCUUGCUCUCUCAUGCUCUCUCUCUUUACACCUCGCAUGACUUACCUACAGUAGCUUUAAAAAGAGGACAAAAUGGUCCAGCUACACACUGUUUAACAGUGGACAGCAUCAUCGUAGCAUGUCCGCAGAAAAAAAAGAUGACUAAUGACAUGAGGAAUAGAGCCAGAAUAGAGCUGUGGAUGAUGAGCUGAUCGAGUGUAUUUGAGUCAAUGGCUAUAUAUAUGUAUGUUUUCUUCUUCUUAUUUUACUUUUUAAUAAGGUCCUAAUUUAAAAAUGCUCAGUGACCUCAAAGAGUUUCUAGACGAUAAUAUGAUUAGAUCUAUCUUUAUUUAUGCGUCCUCCUCUAUCAUUAUACUUUUCUAUGCUCAUUCUUGACAUUCUGAGAACGGUUUUGCAAGUGCUUCUGAAAAAAAGGAACCCCUGAACGUGGACAUUUCCUCCCUGAAUGAAGUGAUGUGUGGGUUCAUGUGUGUGAAUAUGGGGAACUGUCAAAUGUAGAGCGUUAAUAAACAAUUUAUCUUUUAAUUGUCAUUUUGUUCUGUAAAUCAAUAAAGGUCGACUCAUCUUUGCUAUAGGUGUUGUGUUCAUUAAUUCGUCAUUAUUGUCCAUGACCGAAUGACCCUAGAAGACAUCUCCAUCAACAUCAUUUGCAUAAAAUACACAUGACAAAUCUUUGGUUUUAGAAAUUUGAUGGGCUUUUUUGUGUUUUUGUGAACAGUGAGGCAGGUUGAAGAAGAGUGGGAAUGAAAUCAGCAUGGGACCGCAGGUGGGAAUCGAACCUGGGAAUAAAAAGCAUGAAUGAAAAGUACCUGUAGGUUCCUAUGUUGACUUAAAGACCAGCACCGGGUUUGCAAAACAGGGACAUUUUAACAGUUGAAUUAGUUUUAAGCAUAAGGGCACUGGCAUACGAGAUGUACUUUAUAUGCAACAAUAAAUGGAUAUCUUUAUUUACAAUUCUGGUGCUGUGAGUUCAAACGUCUAAAUA